CGCAAUUAACAACAGAAAACUAACAUGGCGCUUCACGUCCCAAGACCUCCUGGCAUCUCACAAAUGCUCAAAGAUGGAGCAAAGCAUUACAGUGGUUUAGAAGAAGCAGUGUAUAAGAACAUAGAGGCCUGUAAGGAGUUAAUGAACACUACAAAAUCAACUUUUGGCCCAAAUGGACAAAACAAAAUGGUGAUCAACCAUUUAGAUAAACUAUUUGUGACAAAUGAUGCUGCCACUAUUGUAAGAGAGCUAGAGGUUGCCCAUCCCGCUGCCAAGAUGAUCGUCAUGGCCUCCCAGCAGCAGGAGCAGGAAUGUGGGGAUGGAACCAACUUUGUGCUCAUAUUUGCUGGGGCUCUCCUUCAACAUGCUGAGGAACUCCUUCAAAUGGGUCUCUCACUGACAGAAGUUAUUGAGGGUUUUGAAUUAGCGUGUAAAAAGGCACUUGAUAUUCUACCAGAUUUAACAUGCGGCAAAGUGGAAGAACUUGAUAACAAAGCGGAAAUAAAGAAAGUUGUUAAAACUUCAGUCAUGAGUAAACAAUAUGGAAAUGAAGACUUCCUAUCAGAUCUCAUCACCAAUGCAUGUAUAUCAAUAUAUCCAAAGUCAAAGACAUUCAAUGUAGAUAAUAUAAGAGUCUCCAAAGUAGAGGGGUCAGGUGUAACCAAUUCAUCAGUUAUCCAGGGGAUGGUUUUCAAGAGGAACGUUGAAGGAAAUAUCACCAAAGUGAACAAAGCAAAAAUAGCAGUUUUCUCAUGUCCUUUAGAUAUUAUGCAGACUGAAACCAAGGGCACAGUGCUUAUCAAGACUGCACAGGAACUCAAGGACUUCAGCAAGGGAGAGGAAGACCAAGUAGAAGAGCAAAUCAAAGGAAUUGCAGACAGCGGCUGUACAGCUAUAGUGACUGGUGGUAAAGUUGGGGAACUAGCUUUACAUUAUGCUGAUAAAUACAAACUAUUUGUACUGCGGUUACUCUCCAAGUUUGAUCUGAGGCGACUUUGUAAAGCUAUAGGUGCAACACCCCUCCCUAGAGUGACAACCCCUACAUCAGAGGAAUGUGGCUACUGUGACAAUGUAUGUGUCAGUGAAGUGGGAGGCACCCCUGUUAUAGUAUUUAACCAAGAGAAACAGGAGUCUGCUAUUGCUACUAUUGUGAUACGUGGGGCGACCAAUAACAUAAUGGAUGAUAUUGAACGUGCUGUGGAUGAUGGUGUUAACACAUUUAAGGCACUAACCAAAGACAACAGGUUGCUACCAGGCGCAGGGGCCACUGAGAUUGAACUUGCCAAAAGAAUCAACUCUUAUGGAGAGACUUGCUCCGGCUUAGAACAAUAUUCAAUCCAAAAGUUUGCUGAGGCAUUUGAAGUUGUCCCAAGAUCCUUAGCUGAGAAUGCUGGUGUUAAGGCCACAGAGGUGAUCUCCAAGCUGUAUGCAGCUCACCAAGAGGGAAAGAAGAACAUAGGGUUUGACAUUGAUGGCCCUGGGUCUGUUGUGAAAGAUGUAUUAGAAUCUGAUAUCAGAGACCUCUUCCUAACUAAAUACUGGGGGAUCCGCUUUGCUACCAAUGCUGCUUGUACUGUUCUUAGAGUGGACCAGAUUAUUAUGGCCAAACAAGCAGGAGGACCAAAAGCUCCUAAACAAAACCCUGACUGGGAUGAGGACUAAAUAUACAGGGUCAAUAUUUCCUGGAACUAAAUUAUCUGAUAAUACCUCGCAUUAUAGCGUCAUCAUAUCUCUCAAGUUAGAAUCUGGCUCAUCAUUGAAGUGAGCAUAUGAUAUGAGAGAAACCCCUUUGUACACAAUAAUUGCAGUGCUGUUUUAUGUAAUGGACCUUCUAUGGAUAGAUCAUAUUGGAACAUUUUCUUGGUUAUUUCACAUCAGACAAAUGUUCAACUGAGUCUUAAAUGAGUAAAAGUGUCAACCAUAAUUCUUGCUACAUUUCUUACGGAUUGCCAAAAUAGGAAACUUAUAAUCUCUUAAUCUUCAGUAUUUCCCUCUUAUAUUCUUAUGUUGAGUCAUGUUUCAGGAGGACCUGUUAUUACCUCCAAAAAUGUCCAUAUAAGGUAAUUACCUGGAAAUAUGUCCA